UUUUCCGCUGUACUGCUCACAUUUUUUUGUAGCUGUGUUGAAAAAAAGUCAAAGCUCGGAUUAGAAAAUUGCCACGUCAUUUGCAUUUUUUCCCUUAUUGUCCAAUUGGAUGAAUCGAGAAGUGGGUCUCAUCUGUGGCUUUCAAUAAUAAAAAAUAAAACGCUUCAAGCUGCUCUUAUUGUUUAUUUAAAUUUUAGACUUUAGACCAAAAACGGCAGUGUUGUGUAACCUGCGAAGAGGUGCUCUGUCUGAUCGGGACUGUACUCAUCAUGCGUUUUGUCGUUGCAAUAGUCUGGUGUCUUGCUGCUUUCAUACGUGUAACUGACCUUUGUUGAUGGUCCAUCAUAGGAUUGUUUUCAGCCAUGUGCAGCCAUUGAUGCUAUUCACAGAAAUUGACUCACUAAGACCACCCAGUGGUCUCUGUCCUCUAACCUGCUGGGUUCAUUUCAGCAUGUGGAUUCUGAAGGAAAGGAUACAUAAUUAAUUCCCUGCACUUUGACCUCCUGUGAGCCAUCUUGAAACCACUCUGGGAUGUGGCGGAAAUUACAGCCCUCCAUGUGUCCCUUAUUUAUCCAUUUGAAUUCAUCACAUCUCCAAACAGACAAAAUAGAGCUAUUCACUUUCAUCUUUACAAAGGGAACAGCUUUCAAAAUUACGGUUGUGACCUUUGAACUUCCGGAGACCUUUGGCCGUUAUGAUGGAUGGACCCCUGCAGGAUACAUGAUAAUAAAGUACAUUUAACAGUUGUAAGUUGUAAGCAAAGUCCCUGAAUAUAUAAGACAGCUGAGAGCUGGGUCGCAACACUCAUUAGGUGAGAGAGAACUAAACAUUGUAGAUACCAUGAUUUCUGUCUACUCUGUCCUGUACACUCUGGUGCUGUUCUCUGAGCUGAGCAGCCACUUGGUCACUGUAGCCACGCCUGCCACUAAAGGAGACGAGGGCGCAAUGGAGCAAAACGGCCUGUUCCUGGGGGAUGAGUCCAUGACUGAGCCCGCUGGGGUUCCCCUCUCGUACAGACGAAACCUCCUGCUUGACACCAACGCGAGGGAUGAAGACGGAAGCCCCAAAAUCCUCAUUUUCUCAGACAUGGGGCUGAAAGGACACGGUAUUCGUGGGCUGAACCCGAACCCAGCCUUCACCCGGAGCCUUCCUCUGCUCACAGACCAAAGCUUGAGCUACACUCCUGCCGAGCACAGUUUGACCAUUGGUCGCCGAAACACUGACAAUGGCAUGCUGCGGUGUAUGAUAGGAAGAGUGUACCGACCCUGCUGGGUACAAUAGUACUGCCAAUCCUGCCCUGAAUGUGCUUUAAAAAUGUCCUUCUACUGUAUGUUAUCAUGAAAUGUAGAAAAUGAGUACACAAACAUGUAAAACCAAAUAAAAGUUUAUUAAAAGUCUGCA